GAUCUCUACGGCUUCGGUGGGGCCUCUGACGGUGGGUCGCCGCCGGCCCGCUCCAUCCUCCGAGAUGAAGGCCACCGCCCACAAGGGACCGUGCAGCAACAGAUCUCUACACUAAUUGCUGCCCUCAACAGCGUGCAGGAGCAGACGCUGAUGAAGUUUGGAGAAGUGGACCAGGCGAUGAACAUCCUCCAUGCAAACUGCGCCGCGAUGCAGCAAAACAUGCAGGCUGUGGACAAAAUCUCACAGGAUCUCCGAAAGGAGGUUGCAGACUUCGGAGAGAAGUCUGCGAGUGAGAUGGACCAUCUCAAGGAGCUUCGGAAAGUCGAGGCUGAGCGUCUCCACCGAACGGAGGUGCAGAUAGCGACGCUCCAGAAGAACAUGCAGAGCGCUAGCAACAAGAUCGCGGCGCUCAGCUCGUCGCGUGGCGUAUCACCCUUGGGCCGGGGUGCGUCGCCACAGCGGCGGGCAGCCACGCCUUCGCAGCCGGCGGAGGAGAAGGCAUCAAGGUUUUGGGCCUUGUUCGGUUUAGGGUUUAAGUCUUCGGUGUUGUGGGUUUAG